GGACCGCCGGGACUGGAUACCGCUCCCGCUCUCCGAGCGGACCGGCAUGGAGGCGGCGCGCAACAGGCUCGGGCCCGGCGGGGAUAGGGUCUUUGAAGAUGAAAAUAUGAAGCUCCGGCAAUUGAAAUUGGAUAAUCAGCGAGCUUUGCUGGAAAAGAAGCAAAGGAAGAAGCGUCUUGAGCCCCUCAUGGUGCAGCCAAACCCAGAAGCCAGGCUGCGCCGGUCAAAACCAAAAGCUUGUGAAGAGCAGACCCCUUUGGUAGAGCCUCACAUUCAUCUUUGCAGUGAUGUGGUCUUACAUGGAAUUGAUGGCCCAGCUGCCUUCAUGAAACCAGAGGCUCAAGAUUUGAGAACCAAACUCCACGUUCUCUCAGUGGGCUCUUCUACCACAGAAGAGGAGACUGAGACAGACUUGGAUGGGGAGAAUAUUGUUGACACUGUCUCAAAACCAGAUCUCCAGGAACUUCUGCAGAAACGUGGUAUCUCUGACAGUUUGAACUUUGAUGAAGAGCCAACUGAUGGGGAGGAAGAAGAAGGAAAGAAAUCAAGAACUCAUUCACCUUACUCAGAAACACAGCAACCCAGUUCUGGAUCCAGCCAGAAAUCAGCUACAGUAUGUAGUUCUGGAAGCUCUUCCUUUUGGGAUACAGGAGCCUCCUGUACAUCAUCCCUUCAGGCUGAUAACCAGCUAGGAGAAGUAGAAAAUUUAGAAGAUUUUGCAUUUCGUCCUGCUCCUCGGGGGAUUACAGUGAAGUGUCGAAUCACCAGGGAUAAGAAGGGAAUGGACAGGGGCCUCUACCCCACCUAUUACAUGCACUUGGAAAGGGAUGAAAAUCGAAAGACAUUCCUUCUUGCCGGGAGAAAGCGAAAAAAGAGCAAAACAUCCAAUUACCUCAUUUCCAUUGACCCGACAGAUUUAUCUCGGGAAGGAGAUAGCUACAUUGGCAAACUCAGGUCCAAUCUCAUGGGAACUAAGUUUACAGUGUAUGACCAUGGAGUCAGCCCAACUAAGGCACAGGGCCUAGUGGAAAAGGCCCAUACUCGUCAGGAGCUUGCAGCCAUCUGUUAUGAAACCAAUGUGCUUGGGUUUAAGGGUCCCAGGAAAAUGUCUGUGAUUAUUCCAGGGAUGAAUAUGAGUCAUGAAAGAAUCCCAUUCCGGCCACGAAAUCAGGAGCAUGAGAACUUGCUUUCCAAAUGGCAAAAUAAAAACAUGGAAAAUGUGAUAGAACUACACAACAAAGCCCCAGUCUGGAAUGAUGACACUCAGUCCUAUGUCUUAAAUUUCCAUGGCCGAGUCACUCAGGCAUCUGUGAAGAAUUUUCAGAUCGUCCAUGCAAAUGACCCUGAAUAUAUAGUCAUGCAGUUUGGACGUAUAGCAGAAGAUGUGUUCACACUGGACUACAACUAUCCCAUGUGUGCCCUCCAGGCCUUUGCUAUUGGGCUCUCCAGCUUUGACAGCAAGCUAGCUUGUGAAUGAAAGAAGACAAGUCAUGCCCCAAACCUGUUUCUCACUCCGUGAAGCUUAGGGAGAAAAUAACUUCUCUCCCCAAAGUGUGAAAGAGAUGAGAAAAGUCAGCCAGUACUUUUUGGAUUGAUUCCAACAUAUACAAAAAAACUGUUCACUGGAAUUUCCAGCCCCUACCAACCCAGAAUAGAUGAAAGAUUAUUCAAGCUGCAAAAAAAAAUUUUACUUAUAGCACAUUAAUGAGGCUCACUUAUCCUGUGCCUCAAAGAUCAGUUUUUCCUAUGCCUGGAAUCUCUUGCAUCUGACAUCAGGUUCAGAUUAUUUCAGGUACUUAUCUGUUUUCAGAAAGGGACUGUUAUUUCCUAACAUUCUUUUGCCCACAUCAGUAACUCAUGCUAAGACAACUUUUCAGCAACAGAGGAGGUUCUAUAGCUUGUGCCUGUGGUCCAGAGCUCAUAAAUGGGAGGACUGAUUAUGUAAAAAAAGCCUCCAUUCCUGCUAUUGCUUCCUUCUACCAUCCUGUAGAUUAAAUGACCAAGGCCAUGAAGCUUAUGUGUCCAUAGUAGUAUGUGUCCAUUUGGAUCCAGCUUUUGACUUGUUUGAGCAAUGAUGAUUUCCAGAGAAUGAUCUACCAGGGCCAGAGCAAUCCAAAGUGAUUUAUCACUUUGACACUUCACCAAUGGCUCAUGUAUGCUGACUUACCCACAUCCGGUCCUAUGGGAAGAAGCAGCAUCCAUCAUUCUUCCCCAUCCUCAAAGAAAUGCUCUGUUUAGCCAGAGUCUAUAUAAGCCCUUGGAGAUUGUCCAGAAUGUUAUCUGUUUGACUGUUGAGCUCCCUUUUGAGGAGAUUAAGCAUCUGCUUUUUGAAACUAGUUUAGUUUCUCCCUUAGGACCAGAGGUUCUUGUGUCAGUGUGAAACCCUCUUAGUUUCAAAACUGACUAGUCAGCUGGCACCAAUCCCAGGUAGAAAAGUGGCUAUCAAGUGUGUAACCAGUGAAGGAUUAUUUAAUGUAACUAUCUUAAUUUUGUUGUAAAGAUUAAAAUCCUUUUCUUCUCAGAAUGAUGCCAAUGGUGCCUUCAAGGCACAAGUACUGGAGAUGGCUUCACCAAGUGGUUUUGCAGCUGCCCUUAUUUUCAACCCAGCAGUGCCUCCUGUGUGUAGGUGUCUAUGAAGCCGUUCACCUAGGGAAUGUAAUCUCCAGCAGGAAUUAUCUAUUGAAGCUUUCAGCUAUCUUAUAUGUCUAAAAAAUAAAAGGGAAAAACGGUGGCAGCGGAAAAGUGUUUGUUCCUAUACAUUUUGGUGGUCCUAGAAUUAGCUAUCUUAUUAACUCUACAACCCUCAGAUGGGCAGAGUUUGGCCCUUCCUGGCAUAGAUAUUACUAGUGCUCAGUGUCACCAAAGCCUUUGUAUUUUGGUACAACUUGCCCUUUCAUUGCUUUCACUCACAAAUCACAAUAUCUUUGUUUGACAAGUUCUGAUUAUUAGAAAAUCUCAAUAAAUCAAGUAGUAACAUCUGCACCAAAAUUUAGGAAUUAAUUGUCAAUGUAUUUCCCUGCUUCAGCCUUCUUAAGUCCCUACCCAGUACUUCCUGCUUCCUCUUCUCUUCAAAAUGCCUAGAGUAGGAAAUUAAUCUGGGGGGAGAUCAAAGGACUUUAAAUUUAAUCCCCUUUGGACCAACCCUGCCAAUCUUCCCUUUGUUAAUUUAUUUCCAUUUUAGGCCUGGCUCAAGUGCUUCAUCAUUAAGUGCCCCACAGCCCUUUAGACCUCGGUCACUAACUUGCUGCCAGAUGUAAUAAGCUGGUAGUUAACUGAAGUUGUUCCCUUGUCUUCAGCUAUUGUGGACAGAAAAACUUGGAAGCUAGGAGCCAACCCUGAGGCUGUAAAUUUAAUCCCUCUCCUUUUCUCUUUUGCUUUUCCUUUGAUCUUCAGAAGAGUCACCCUGCUUUCUGCUUGAGUGUCUAGAGAGAUGCCACCCUCAGUCAACUCUGGUUUUACAUGAAUCAUGUUUAUAACUUUUGUAUGUUAUGUCAAUAAAAAAUAAUUUAUACAAACA